AUGUGGGUUGAGUGUAUACUCCCAAUCUGUGAAGGUGUUGCCAAGCAAUCGUGUCCGUCUAAACUCAGCAACGGCUUCGAUUCUCGCCGCCGGGGAGGAUCCAAUUAUCUACAAGUUGCUCUUCAGAGUAGUUCCACCACCAAAAGACUCACCAGGCCGAAUUGGACCGCGAUUUCUUUGGAGUUUGAUCAGCCUCUCAAGGCGGAAUACCGCAGAUCAAUCUGUUAG